AUGAUUGUCACUAUCCUGUGCCUUGUCUUCCUGCAGUCUGCUGUAGCACUGUGGCCUGCUAGCCUCUGGAGUGAUGGAAACGAGACAGUGGUUCCAAGUGGUUCCCAGUGUACUUGUGAGGCAUUCUUGCCUAGCAGCACCUUCCCCAUAGGAGACCUGGUCAUUGUGGAGCAAACUGCAACUGAGAUUAGACACAGAUUGGAAUUGGAGAUUAAUAAAAUUGAAAUGUUUGUGAGCAAGAUAACAAUCUACGUGGAGAAGAUUGUGAACCUGACGGUACAGAUUGGAUUGAUGGAGAAAGACCCUGACUCAUAUACUGAGCUUCACAUCCAGGAGGUGAAGAUUUCUAUCAAGCAGAUGGAGGCUUUGAUUGUGGAACUCCAGGGGUCUAUCCAGACAUCUUCCUCUGUGCUUAUCAGUAUACAUGAAGAGAUUAUCUCUGAGAUCUUGGAGCUGACUCGUCUGGAGUCCUAUGACAAGAAUAUGGUUCUAGAGAUCCGCCGCGAAUACAUCAAAUUGCAGGCCAAACUUGAAGAAUGCGAGAGUCGCCACAAUGAGAUCUUCAACCCCAGCAUUGGAUCUUGCAAACAUGGUGGCAUAUCAAGACUUAGUAAGCCAAUUAUAAGCCAGUUCAAUGCUCACCUCAGUGCUUCCUACAGAUAUGGAGGAUGGGGUAAAGAUACUAACCCUCUACCUGGGUCUGAAACCAUGUACUGGUACUCUGGGUCCUCUGACACUUUGGUCAAAAUAAUUACGCUUUACUCGGAUUACUACAAACUGAUAAUGAGACAAGCCUUUACAAGUGUAGAUUUGUAUGCACGAUAUGACUAUCGAGGAAGAGGCAAUAAUUAUAUUGUGCGAGGCAACACUUUGUACUACCAAUAUAAUAACCCCUUCAGCAUGGCAAAAUAUAAUUUUACCAGUUCGACAGCCACUUACAGGGCCAUUCCUGAGGCAACCACAAGAUUCUCCUACCGUUACUCAGACUAUCAGAACUUAGACUUUGCAGCAGAAGAGAAUGGAUUGUGGGUAACCUAUGCCACAGAGGAAUCGCAGGGCAGAUUGGUCAUUGGUAAAAUUGAUGAGGGAUCUUUUGCACUGCAAGAGACAUGGGAGACUAGUAUAUUCAAACCAUCUGUGGGCAAUGCAUUCAUGGUUUGUGGUGUACUUUAUGCUACCAGAUCUGUGAAUGUCCACACAGAGGAAAUUUUCUAUACCUAUGACACAAACACUGGACAAGAGAAAUAUGUCAAUAUUCAGUUUGAGAAGUUCCAGGACUUCUACUCCUACCUGGAUUACAACCCUACUGAUCAGAAACUCUACAUGUACAAUGAUGGCUACUAUGUCAGCUAUCAAGUUUGGUUCAGCUAG